UUUAUCUCUGAAGUGAACAUUUCGAUUUACGAAUAUAUAUAGUCUGUGUGAUUUUCAUUUUAUCUGUGACGAUCUUUAUCAAAUUGUCAAAGAUCUGUCCAUCUGUCCAAUUGUGUCCGACGAUCGCCAAAUAAUUAUACAAUACUACGAUUAAUUUAUUUGUUUUAAGUUUUGGGGUUAUUUUUAAACUAUUUUAGAGUUUAGUACUUCAUUAUAAAGUAAAUUUCGAGGCAGCACGGUCUUCAAUGCUCUAAGAACUAUAGCAAAAUGGGAAGUCAUAACAGCCAUGAAAAGUCUUCAGUCGAAGGAGGUAGUGGUUCCAGCACUCCUCGAGGAUCUCAGCGAGGUACACGGUCCGGUUCAAGUGGGGAACUGCCUGAGAAGCCAGAAACUUCCCAAACCACAUCUAUGGUUCCUGUUGAAAAACUAGCAAAGUUGCUGGUUCAACGUUCACAAAAAGAAGAUGGGGUCAAUGGAGUUACGGAAAGUUGUUUCGCUAAAUACCUAUUCCCAAUGUAUCCGGAUCUGGCGCGACACUUCUUCAAAUAUCUGCACAAGACUGGCAAAUGCAAGAACAAGCACAUAAAUCUGUCGACGUUCAAACAACAAUGCGAACGUAUUAUGGCCAUGCUUGAUGACAAUGCUAUUAUUGAGGCUUAUGUCAGAAUGUUUAGUUCAGAUUCAGAUGAAAGUGUUGUAACUCCAGAUGGUUUAAGAAGUCUACUCUAUAUAAGUUACAAAUUGUCUAUGGACCAUUAUCCAGAGGGUCCACAGACUUGUCUAAUGAUUAAUAAAACUCUAUCAGCGGUGAUCAAUGGCUGUUUUAAUAAGAAAGACACGCAUAGUGUUGGUUUUGUCGUGCGUUGGUUGGGAGAGCAUUGUCAUAGACUUAUAUUUCCCGUUCAUAGAUACUGCGUCCACAUGUUAGCAACCCGUCAUCGUGACAUCGAAGCGCACGUGGAAUCAAACGGGUCUGGCGCGGGCCUGGAGCUGGCGACUCCUGUGCUGGAGCGCGGCGCGUGGCACGCGGGCUCCGGCGCCCUGCUCCCCGUCUCCGCCGCCUGGCUGCUGGCCGCCACCGCCCCGCCGCUCUACUCCAGACCGGCCAAACCUCCGCCCGCACAACACUCGGGCGGUGGUUCAGCGGCGGCGCUGUGGCUGGCGAGGCUUGUAUGUGCGGUGCCCUCGCACUGGGCGCCGCUCUACGCCUCGCGGGAACACGGCCUAGGUGCUAACCGCUUCUUACAUCACACGCUCGCGUACAGGGGUCCAACGCUAGUGGUGGUUGCGGCAGAGGAGAUGACAGCUGUCAUAGCGUGUCCUCAGGAGUGGAGAGAAACGCACCAGUACUGGGGCGGCCCAGACUGUGCUCUCAUACAACUCUAUCCCACAUUCGCAGUAAUAGAGCACGCACCAAAGAUGCUCUACCUGAACACUUCAAUCCGGGGUUAUCCGCACGGGUUACGAGCUGGUAGCGAUCCGCGAAAGCCUUUGCUGUCCGUCAACGAGGACUUUGACUCCUUCACCUUCCAGGGCGUGCCUUACACGAUACAGGCUAUCGAGGUAUGGGGCUGCGGUGAUCAGACGUCGAGAGAAAACCAGUUAGAAGUUAAGAAAUGGCAAGUACGCGAGGCGGAGAGACAAAGAAGUGUCAAACUAUCCGCAGCUGAUUGGAUAGAACAUCCCGAUAGAUAUCUAUUAGAGCUAGCGGGUAGGCCACAAUACAAUACCUCGGCAAGCUAGUAAUAUAACACUGCAGCCCACGGAGAACACUGCAGUUUGGGGAAACGGAACAUCACAAACACAAAUAGUUGGAACAAACUGAAGUCAGUUGGAAC